GACAAUCACCAAUAUAGUUUAAAGUCUACAUUCUCCAAAUGGAGAAACUAUGAUAUAAAGAGGGGAAGUAACUUUUCUAAGACAAUACAGCAGAACCAGCCCAGUGCUUCUCCCGCUGAGCUCGGCCUUCAUCUCAUUAAACUUCUUUUGGAAGCUUGAUAGUCAAGUGCCCAUCAGAUCUGGGAAAUGUUCUUAUUCUCAAAGCCAAAGUCACAGAAAAAAAUCUGCACAGGAAAGAAAAAGGUAAGGGAUUCCAUUGCCUAGAGAAGUUUUAUUCCAGUCAUCCCUGUCAUUAUAUUUUCACUUGUAAUUUUUUACAUCAUAAAGUAAGUAAUUAAAUUGAAAGUAUAAGCUUGUUCAUACAGAGUGGUAAUCAACAGCAGAGCAGUCUACCUGGCAGUCUACAUGUCCCAAGUAAGAUCACUGUUUAUUUUGUUUCACUUUGUUUUUUGUGAUGUCUGGAUUUAUGUUGGCCAACAUGGCCGUCCUUUCCCGAGAUUCUUUUUAUAUGAUUGAGCACAGAGAGUCUUGCGCUGUUCCACACAUUAUAAACUAAAUAACCAUGCAGUGCUUGGAAGUUACAAAAUCUUUAAAAAUAUAAGAACUUUCUGCUCACCUGGCAGUAUUUUUUCCACAAGUCAGAUAACUUACUGGGUAUUAUGAUUGGAUGGGUAGGAGGUGUUGGGGAGGAGAUGGGGCUGGAGAAGAGGAGGAAGUGGAGGGGAUGGGAAGGACUGAGUGAGGGAGAUGGGGCCAGGUCUGAGAGGUAAGUCUAUGGGAAUUCCUGGUGCUACAACUUACUGUUCUGGAAUGUCCUGGUUUGGAUGGAAGAUGUCUUUGUGUGAAGACGUUGAGGAAGAUUGCUCUGAGAAAGCUCGUUGCCGUCACACUUCUUUUAUUAAGUCGUUUUUUCCCUUCUUAAUGAGCAAGUUGAGAUAAAUGAUUUAUUUUUCAGGGACAAAUCAAACCAAAAGUAUUGCAUAAUUCUUGACAUGAUGGAGUAUUUGGAGCAGAGAAUAGCGUUUGUCCUUUUUUUCUUAUCCAGCUGGGGGUAAGGAAAUGAAUCUCUUCUUUGGAAAACGUGUGGUAACUUAGUGAAAACUGUGUUAUGCCUACCUGUGCCAUACAUGCCUAAACUGUACUGAGUUAUUUUUGGUAUUCAACCUAAUAUGGUUACUUCUUGUGCUCGUGUUAAAAUCUGUGAACUAUUCAAAUUAUGGACAGGGUUAUUUGAAUCUUGAAUAAAUGAAUUUGUCAGAUGUCCUAAAAGCUGUUUUUUACAGUGUCACCUCACUGGCAAGACACCUUGCUUCUAGUUACGAUGAUUCUGGCAGGGUUUUUUAACCUAACGGCCACGUCCACCUCAUGACACUGUCUGCAUUUAUUAUCCAGCGCUUUGAUUUUUGUCUCUUUGUUUUCUCCUUCAGGAUUCCUGGACUCCAGAGUUAAGGUUGAAGUUGGAGAAGUUUCUGGCUUUAAUUUUUAAAGCCAGUAACACGCCAAGGCUUUUAACACUCUGUAAGGAGAACGGACAAAGUAACAAAGAAAUGUUGCAGCAGCUCCACCAGCAGCUGUUAGAAGCUGAACGGAGGUCAAUGACAUACCUGAAACGGUACAAUAAGAUCCAGGCCGACUACCACAAUCUCAUUGGAGUCACGGCAGAGCUGGUGGAUUCUCUGGAGGCCACAGUCAGUGGCAAGAUGAUCACUCCGGAAUACCUUCAGAGUGUCUGCAUCCGCCUCUUCAGUAACCAGAUGCGGCAGAGCCUGGCUCACAGCGUGGACUUCACGAGGCCUGGCACGGCUUCAACCAUGUUAAGAGCUUCCUUGGUACCUGUGAAAUUGAAGGAUGUCCCAUUACUGCCUUCCCUGGAUUAUGAGAAACUGAAGAAGGAUUUAGUUUUUGGAAGUGACCGCUUGAAAGCUUUCUUGUUACAGGCUCUGCGCUGGGUAGGUACCUUUACCCUUGAAGUUAAAAAAAAAAAAAUGAUACUGUGGUGGUUUUCUUGGCUGGCUACCUUGCUUGUAUCUUUUAACCCAACUACUAAAAACCUUCCUUCCUGCUGCCUAUUGAUACCGAGAACUGAGGUUAAAAAAGAACAUGUGAAGCAGCUUCUAUGCUUCGUCGUUUGCCCACCUAGCACUUCCUAUCAGUCCAUGCCACUCCUGAGCCUCUGGGUGAGACAGGAGGAGGAGUACCCAGACCUGUCCGGGAGGCCUGUGUUCUGUGUCUCCCACUUUGCUCUCACUCACUGUCUCCCCUCGCUGCCUUUCUUGCAGAGGAGCGUGCUUCAGCUGCUGCACUCACAGAGUGAGGUGGUGCGCCAGUACACGGCCCGGCUCAUCAAUGCCUUCGCGUCACUUGCAGAAGGUCGCCUCUACCUUGCCCAGAACACAAAGGUGCUGCGAAUGCUGGAGGAAAGGCUGAAGGAGGAAAACAAGGACGUCAUCACCCGGGAGAAUGUCCUUGGGGCCUUGCAGAAGUUCAGCCUCAGGCGCCCGCUGCAGACGGCGAUGAUUCGGGAUGGCCUCAUCUUCUGGCUGAUUGACAUUCUCAAGGACCCCGACUGCCUGUCUGACUACACGCUGGAGUACUCGGUGGCUCUGCUUAUGAACCUCUGCCUCCGGAGCGCAGGGAAGAACACGUGCGCCAAGGUGGCGGGCCUCGUGCUGAAAGUUCUUUCAGAUCUCCUUGGCCAUGAAAACCACGAGAUACAGCCAUAUGUGAAUGGAGCUCUGUACAGCAUCCUUUCAGUUCCGUCCAUUCGGGAGGAAGCCAGAGCAAUGGGAAUGGAAGACAUUCUGCGCUGCUUCAUCAAAGAAGGCAGCGCUGAAAUGAUUCGCCAGAUAGAAUUUAUCAUCAAGCAGCUUAACUCUGAAGAACUACUGGAUGGUGUUCUUGAAUCUGAUGAUGAUGAAGAUGAAGAUGAUGAAGAAGAUCAUGACACCAUGGAAGCCGAUCUGGACAAAGACGAGCUGAUCCAGCCCCAGCUUGGAGAACUCUCAGGCGAGAAGCUCCUGACCACAGAGUACCUGGGAAUCAUGACCAACACACGGAAGCCCAUAGCCAAGCAGCGGAAGGGCCCAGCUGCUGUGCAGUGGAGCGCAGACAAGCCCCUGCGCCGUCCCAUCACCCCCGGCGGCCACAGGACGGGGCACCCAGUGCUGGAAGAUGAUCUCAUUUCUCCCCAGAUGGCCCGACAGGCCAGAAGUGGCCACUUGGAGCCCCUGUCAAAUGCUCAUCUCCCAGCCCACAAAGUGGGGAAGCCUGGCCCUGCAGGGGCUGGCGUGUCUGUCUCAGCCCUCCAUGACGCCAAGCCAGGAGAGUGGUUGUCGGCGGGACCCCAGAAGGACCCUCGCCUGCCCCCCGCCGGGGCCUCCAGCCAGGACCCGGGCAGUGGAGAGACCGCCAGGGAGUUGAUGUCGGCCUUCGUCCGCCAGCCUCAGACCCCCCACACCCCGGAGAUCCUGGACCUGAACCUUCCCAAGGUGAAGGCGUCGGCUCCCGCCCCUCGGUUCUCCUGGUGCGGCCCCCAGCAGGCCAGCCGCCCCGCCUCCGCGGGGCCCUCUGCCCGGGGCCUGCAGAGCAGCCAGGCCCUCAGGAAGUGAAGAGAGCUUCUUUCUGCGGGUGUCACCAUCACGUUGCCUGAGGACCAGCCAGCUUCCCAGCCUCGGCCUCAGCCAGCGGAAGCUGCAGGUGGCAGAUGAGAAGAGAGAGCGUUGUGAAGAGACCAGGCAGCCUGGGCGGCGGAGGAGGGCUGCUUUCCAGACAGCCCCAAAGCAAGGCGGCCACCAGUACCCCCAGGACCCAGCCCCGUUUUCUCCUCGGGCAGAGCCACAGAAGGAGGGCUGGGAAGAUGCUGUUCCUGCCCUUCCUUGGCGGAGGUUGUUAAACCAGGGACGUUCCUUAUCACCCUUCACACACACAGAGGAGGAGAGCGUGGCUUUGGGUUCCAGCCCCAGGCCUCACGGGCACCCAGCCAGGUAGAAAGUGUGAAGCCAAACCAGCAAGCCUGAGCCUAUCCAUCUAGGGAACUUGUGAGGAGGACUGGAGCUGUGAGGAGCCUGGGGCUGUUUCCUCAGCCCGGAGAGCCAGCCUUUUCUGAGGCGGCUGACUAGGGCGGCCUCCGCAGGAACCAGCUUUUGUCUCUGGACCAACUGGGAGGAAACAAGGCAUGUCGAAUAAGGUAAAAUCAAGAAGAGCAGAUUUGUCAUUUUCUUUCUCUUACAAAAUCGAGUAAAGAAUGUGAGGCCCUGUCUCUUCAGAGCAGCCCUGGGCUUCAGCCCAAGUGUCUUAAAGACCUCAGGAGGUCAACCAGUUGAACACCCUGUUUCCCUCCCUCAAUAAAGACCACAAAUCUAAAUAGCACCACUGGUAAAAUGGCUGAUGCCCCCGAAGGAAGAGACCAGGCAAGGACUGGCUUAGGCCCCCUGCUUGCGGAGGGCGAGAUCAGGGUCCCAGUCAUAAAGCAGGAGGAAGGAAAUUCGCCUUCAGAGCCAAUAGGCAAGGGAAUUCUGAACGUUCCUCAACUGCUAGUGGCAGGGUCUGAUCCUCCCUGAAAGCCGAAAUACAGAAUAAAAUUCAUCAUUAUUCAGGUGUAUUUUGGGAACACGUGUGGGUGUGUGUGUAAAGGAGAAACGGGAAGCAAGUUAAAGUUGGCUGUUGUCCCCGGCCCUUGAUCUGCCCAGUGGUGAGACAUCUUUGUGGUCCCCCUUGCACAUAAAGCAUAAGUGUUGCAUCUUUCAGUGGCCUUCUGACUCUUCAGGAGAGCAGGCAGAGGAGGAAAAUGGAAGAAUGUUUGAGCAGGCAAGAGACCAGGUUACCCCAAGAGAUGACCAUAAGCUUGUUGAGAGCUGGUACCCGGGGUUAACCUCACGAGUUCUCAGCAGUAGAACUCUCAUGUGUGACUGGCCUGGUGACCACGCCAGCAGGCCCAGCAGCUGCAUCUUCAUUUUCUGGAAAUGUAUGAACCCCCCUCUGUUCUUGGGGUAGAGUGCCUUGGAGGAUAUAGUCCCUACCCUGUUGGAACUGUUGACCCCCAGGCACCUUCUGGGCUCCUGGCUUGACUUCAAAGGUAUAAAAAACAUAAGUGCUCAUCUGGGUUUGGGGGAGUCUUCAGUACUCUUGAUAUGGACAGACAGGAAAAGCAGAGAAUGGAUCCUCAAAAUGUAAUCCCCUCAUGGUCAAACUGUGGAAAGCUGUAGACUGGUUGCAGAGGAGUAUAAUGGAAAAAUCUCUCCCGUCCCCUCCCCAUCCCAAUAAAUCCACUCC